GAUCUGUGUCCUGCUGUUUGAGGCUAUAAAAAGAUGAGAGGAUGGGGAACAGCAGCAGCAGAAGAGCAGCGACAAACUGGACAGACAAAUCCGGCGAGACCGACGCCAAACACAGACAUAGUAGCCUCCGGGUCUGGGAACCUGACCUCACCGCCAAGAUGUGCAAAGGACUCGCUGGGGUCACCUCCUUCCCCGCCACCUGCCUGAAAAGCGCCAAAGACAUGAAGCAUCGACUGGGAUUUCUCCUGCAGAAAACCGACGGCUGUGAUGGCAGCGCGUACGUGAAGAAAGACAAACCUGGCUGUCAGAGGCUUACUCAAGAAGAGCUGAAGAAAUGGGCCGAGAGCUUGGAAAAUCUGAUUAACAAUGAAUGUGGCAUAGUGGCUUUUAGAUCCUUCCUUCAGUCGGAGUACAGCGAAGAAAACCUUGAUUUUUGGCUGGCGUGUGAGAAUUACAAGAAGACAAAAUCGACGGCCAAACUUUCCAGCAAAGCCCAAAAAAUCUACGAGGACUUCAUUUCUGUGGAGGCUUCCAGAGAAGUCAACCUGGAUUCCACCACCCGAGAAGACACGAACAAGAACAUCCUUCACCCAACACAUUCUUCUUUCGACCAGGCCCAGCACAAGAUCUACAUCCUAAUGGAGAAGGAUUCCUACCGCCGCUUCCUCAAGUCACAUUUCUACCUGGACCUUGUCCAAUUGACCCCUGGUGGGAGCAGCAAGAAGAUGAAGGGUCUUAGCGGAGACAGCAACCCCUUCAUCCCUCAGUGCGCCUAAGACACGGACUGCAUGGUGGCAGCUAAGGACUGAUCGUCUAUGUGCUCCUAUCUAUACUCUACCACGGCUCAGACCCGGACCUGAGCUCCUCUUAUUUAUUAGACGUGUGUGUCUUGCAUGCAUUUCUGUUUUAUCGGGGGACGAGCGGGAAGAAUAAUUCCGACCCGUGUGACGUUGUACAGACUAGGGACUCACCGGUAAAUGGGUUAAGCAUGUCUAACACGAUACUCUCAGGUGACAGAUUGAAGGUUCCUUCAUUACGAAGGAUCUAUCUUCUACCAGACGAGGCGCGCGAGGUCCGCGCGAGAUCCCGGACAGAACGUAGAGACAACUAUCUUUAAGAUCAAGGGCCGUGUGAAAGUCACGCUCAAGUUUCUCUAACCCAGGGAAGCCGAUAGACAGCAACGUUUAGUCGUUGCGUCGACAGUGUCACAUGUUCAUUGACGGAGGCUAGAAACUACUGAGUGAAGCUUUUAUUUUAUUACAGAUAUUUAUUUUGACGAUGCUGUUUUUAAGUGCAUUUUAAGCCUUUUUGUUAUUGUUGAUGUUUUUGUUUUGCUGUUUAUAAUUUAUUAUUGUUGUUGAGCGGAAGAGAACGGUUGCAUCGGACUCUCUCGUUGAUCAAACACCUUGUCAGUGAACAAUGGAGAGGGAUACGAGCAGGACUAGGGUGGCGGGGACUUGUGUCAACUAUUGGCAGGGGACAGUCCUAGAAUUCAGUGUUCCGAGCAUGUAUCCGUGCACGUUUGGGAUCUCAUACAACCAGUAUGCGAUGCCGAAUAAGUUUCCAUGUAAAUAGUGUCAGAGAUGAUGACAUCCUGGGAGGCGCUGUCCCGGUACGGACACGCCGGACUGGCGAUGAGUAUACGCUCAGGUGCUUGUAAGGAGAGGAAGGAAGAUCUCAGGGUCUAUUCACACGGCGGAAUUCCUCUGGUAAUUCUUCUUGCAGCAGGCAGAGUGGUGCCCCAGUCAAGAGGGCACUUUAGGCAGCUGCCUAUUUUGCCUAAAGGCAGAACCGGCCCUGAGCAUCAACCCCAUUAAAGUGGUACUCCAGUGAAUAACUUUAUUUAUUUAUUUAUUUAUUUAUUUUUUUAAAUCAACUGGUGCCAGAAAGUUAAACAGAUUUGUAAAUUACUUCUAUUAAAAAAUCUUAAUCC